AUGAGGAAAACCUCCGAGGAUUGUCUCACUUUGUCUCCAGACUGGAAAGUAGAAGAUGAGGACAUCACACAGUAUAGUCCAGGAGAAAACCCGGCUCCCUCCAAUGUCCAUCUGGCACCACCCAGUGUAGAUGGACCAUCGGAUUCCUCGUAUCCUGAAGAACCUCAGACUGUGCGGGACCGGGCCGGCCUUCCAACAGGGAAGAGCUUCUCCUGCACUGAGUGCGGGAAGUGUUUCCGGUUUCAAUUCAAUCUUAUUGAGCAUCAAAGAUCUCACUUGGGGGAGAAGCCGUAUCCUUGUCCCGAGUGCGGGAAAUGUUUCUCAAAGAAGUCCUAUCUUUCCCUACAUCAAAGAUCUCACACUGGAGAGAAGUCACAUUUCUGCCUUGAGUGUGGGAAAUGUUUUUUUAACAAGUCCCAUCUUUCCAUACAUCAGAGAUCUCACACAGAAGAAAAUCCGUAUUAUUGUUCUGAGUGCGGGAAAUGUUUUUCCGGGAAGUUAAGUCUUUAUAGACAUCUGAAAUUGCACACAAGUGAGAAGCCGUAUUCCUGUUCUGAGUGCGGGAAAUGUUUUGUAGAAAAAUUACAACUGGUUACACAUCAAAUGUCUCACACGGGAGAGAAGCCGUAUUCCUGUCCUGAGUGCGGGAAAUGUUUUUCAGGGAAGUCCUAUCUUUAUAGACAUCAGAGAUUGCACACAGGUGAGAAACCAUAUUCUUGUCCUGAGUGCGGAAAAUGUUUUGCAAUAAAAUCAAAACUUGUCACACAUCAGAGGUAUCACACGCAGGAGAAACCAUUUUCCUGUCUCGAGUGCGGGAAAUGUUUUAAACGCAAGUCAUUACUUGUUGUGCAUGAGAGGUCUCACACGGGCGAGAAGCCGUUUUCCUGUCCUGAGUGCGGGAAAUGUUAUUCAGAUAAGACCUGUCUUCAUUAUCAUCAGAGACUGCACAAGGGUGAUAAGCCGUAUUCCUGUUCUGAGUGCGGGAAAUGUUUCUGUUUUGAAUCCAAACUUCAUGAGCAUCAAAGAUCUCACACAGGGGAAAAACCGUACGCCUGUCUUGAGUGCGGAAAAUGUUUUUCACAGAAGGGCAAUCUUUACACACAUCAAAGAUUGCACACGGGGGAGAAGCCAUACUUUUGUCCUGAGUGCGGGAAAUGUUUUUUACACAAGUCAGAUCUUCUCAGACAUCAGAAAUCUCACAAGGGGGAAAAGCCAUAUUCUUGUCCUGAGUGCGGGAAAUGUUUUUCCCAGAAGUCCCAUCUUUACACGCAUCAGAGAUCUCACAUGGGGGAGAAGCCGUAUUCGUGCCCGGAGUGUGAUCAGAGAUCUCACACAGGUGAUAAGCCAUAUUCCUGUUCUGAGUGCGGGAAAUGUUUUUCACAGAAGCCCUAUCUUUACACACAUCAGAGAUCUCACACGGGGGAGAAGCCGUAUUCCUGUCCUGAGUGCGGGAAAUGUUUUACACAGAAGUCCAAUCUUUACAGACAUCAGAGAUUGCACACGGGGGAGAAGCCACUUUCCUGUCCUGAGUGCGGGAAGGGAUUACGUUUUAAAGCCAGUCUUAAUGACCAUAAAAGUUCUCACACUGGGGAGAAGCCGUAUUCCUGUCCUGAGUGCGGGAAAUGUUUUUCAGACAAGUCCAAUCUUUGCAAACAUCAGAAAUUGCACACAGGGGAUAAGCCAUAUUCCUGUCCUGAGUGCGGAAAAUGUUUUUCAGUGAAGUCCAGUCUUUACACACAUCAGAGAUCUCACACGGGGGAGAAGCCGUAUUCUUGUACGGAGUGCGGGAAAUGUUUUUCACAGAUGUCCAAUCUUUACACACAUCAGAAAUUUCACACAGGGGAAAAGCCAUAUUCCUGUCCCGAGUGCGGGAAAUGUUUUUCACAGAAGUCCCAUCUUUACAAACAUCAGAGAUUGCACACAGGGGAAAAGCCCUAUUCCUGUGUGGACUGCGGGAAAUGUUUCCGUUUUCAAUACAAACUUAAAGAGCAUCAAAGAUCCCACACAGGGGAAAAACCGUACGCCUGUCCUGAGUGCGGGAAACGUUUUUCACAGAAGGCCAAUCUAUACACACAUCAAAGAUUGCACAUAGGAGAGAAACCAUACUCUUGUCCUGGGUGUGGGAAAUGUUUUUCACAGAAGGCUAAUCUAUAUACACAUCAAAGAUUGCACAUGGGAGAGAAGCCGUAUUCCUGUCCCGAGUGCGGGAAAUGUUUUUCAGAUAAGUCCACUCUAUGCAGACAUCAAAGAUCUCACACAGGUGAGAACCCGUAUUCCUGUCCUGAGUGCGGGAAAUGUUUUGUACAAAAAUCAGAGAUUGUCUCAAGUCAGAGGUUGCACAUCGAAGAAAAGCCAUUUUCCUGUUCUGAGUGCGGGAAAUGUUUGUCAGAAAAUUUCUAUUUUUCCCAACAUCAAAGAUCUCACACGGACGAGAAACCGUAUUCCUGUCCUGAGUGCGGGAAAUGUUUUUCACAGAAGCCCCACCUUUACAUACAUCAGAGAUCUCACACGGGGGAAAAGCCGUAUUCCUGUCCUGACUGUGGGAAAUGUUUUUCACAGAAGGCCAAUCUUUCCAGACAUCAGAGAUCUCACACGGGGGAGAAGCCGUAUUCCUGUCCUGAGUGCGGGAAAUGUUUUUCACAGAAGUCAGAACUUAUAGUGCACCAGAGAACACAUACCGGUGAGAAACCAUUUUCAUGCCCUGAGUGUGGGAAAUGUUUCUCACAAAAUGACAACUUGAAUACCCACAUGAAACUGCACACUGGAGAAAAGCCAUUUUCCUGUACGGAGUGCGGGAAAUCCUUCAGUCGGAAUAGUGACCUUGUUGCACACCAGAGAAGUCACACUGGGGAGAGGCCCUUUUCCUGCUCCCAAUGCCAGAAAGCCUUCACAGUAAAAUCAGAACUUAUCAUCCACCAGAGAAGUCACACCGGUGAGAUGCCGUUUCCAUGCCCAGAGUGCGGGAAGGGUUUCACACGACACGGGAACCUAACUAAUCACAUGAAAACACACACUGGAGAGAAGCCGUUCUCCUGUCCAGAGUGCAGGAAAUCCUUCAGCCGGAAAAGGGCACUCACCAAACACAUGAGAACCCACACAGGGGAGAAGCCGUAUUCCUGUUCAGAGUGCGGGAAACGCUUCAUCCAGAGAGGCAAUCUUACCGUACACCAGAGAAUUCACACUGGGGAGAGGCCCUAUUCAUGCCCCCAGUGCCUGAAAUCAUUCAUCAUAAAGUCAGAUCUUGUCAUACACCUGAGAAGUCACACCGGCGAGAAGCCGUUUUCAUGUCCAGAGUGCGGAAAAUGUUUCUCACAAAAAAAACGCUUAAAUAGCCACAUGAGAACACACACUGGUGAAAAGCCAUUCUCCUGUCCGGAGUGCGGGAAAUCUUUCAGUCAGAAAAAUGAACUUGCAGUACACCUGAGCAGUCACACAGGUGAAUAUCCUUUUUCCUGUUCAGAGUGUGGGAAAGGUUUCACAGAGAAAGGAAAACUUUGCAUACACCAGAGAAUUCACACGGGUGAGCGGCCUUUUUCAUGUUCAGAGUGCGGGAAGAGUUUCACACAGAAAGGAAAACUUCAUAGACACCAGAGGAUUCACACAGGUGAGCGACCUUACACCUGUUCGGAGUGUGGGAAAAGUUACCUACAGAAUACACAUCUUCUUGAACACCUAAGAACGCACACAGGGGAACGCCCCUUUUCUUGUUCAGAGUGCGGGAAGUGCUUCAUACGGAAAAAUGAACUUGUUAUACACUGGAGCAGUCACACGAGGGAGCGUCCUUUUUCAUGCCCAGAGUGUGGGAAAUGUUACAAGAGUAGAAAAAACCUUCAUGCACACCGGAAAAGACACGCUGGCAAGGGUUCUCAUUCCUGA